UCUCCGCGUGCGAUCGUGUGCUGUGAAACUGCCGCGAAGCUGUGCGAAGGAAAACGUUUUCAUUCUCGCGCUUCUUGAUGAUCCGGAGCGUAAAGUGGUUCGCGAGGAAAGAACGUGCGCGACGGGAUUGUCUACUUCCGUGACGGUGUUGUAAAUAUCCUUUUACGGCAGAUAUAAGUGUUGCAUAGUUAAGCAAUAACGGUAGACGGCGGUAGUAUAAUAGCUAUGUUGGAAUCUUCAUUGGAUAUCGAGAUACGAAGAUAUGGAACAGUGAUGGUUGCGAAGGAAGAGAGUUGCUUCUAAUCUUUCUGAGAAGCGGCGGAAGGAGAGGAGCACGUGGUAUGUCGAGGCGCGGAGCAAAAAAGUGGUCCACGCUAACAUUUGAUUCAAACAUUAACAUCCGAUGGAGUAACUUCGUCAUCAUUUUGGAAAACUGUACAUUUAUGCAAAGCUAUUCUGCGUUUGGUCUAAAGAAAUGACAUAAAGGGAUCUUUAUGUUCAUCAAUAUCUUGAAGAUCUUCCAAAAAGAUUUUUUAUCGCACAAUUAUUUUGAAACUAAUCUUCCCAGACGUUGCUUUUUGACGAAUAGGCGAGUUCUCAGAGAAUAUUCUUCGAGAUCGCCGAGAACUUGCCACUUUGGGGUCGAGAUGAUAUUGAAACCGCGAGCUUAUCACAAUAAUGCCAAGUUUGCGAAUCGGAAAGGCGACAUUGCCGGCUAAACGAGUUUACGUUUUUAAUCGAGCCUACGAUUCAUCUGGCAACGGGUUCUGCCGGCAUAUCCGGUAUGCAAUUGCUAUAUACGAUUCUACCUCCGUCCUUUACGAAGAAAAGCAUCUGCCUUUCUGACUCUCGCCUGGCUUGCUCAUCGUCAACCUUCGCAUCUCCUUUCUUCGUGUUCUUAAACGUUCUCUCGUUUAUCUGAUCCGCCGCGAUUGUAGCGUUAUUACUCAAAGUUACGUCGCAAAAUAACGCUUGCGGCAUUUAUCGCAUUACGAUAACGUUCAGCAGUCUCGAAAAUAAAGAAGAAAGGACAUUUUGAAGAUAUGAUAAGAAUUGUACAGUAAAAAGCGAUCGUCGACCCUAAUUUAUCUUUAAUAAAACACAGCUAUCGUAUAGUUUAAGGUACUACACGAGGGCGCAAACAGGAAAGAUAUAACAGUGUGCAUUAUCGCUUGAAAAAGAAAGAAGAUCGACAAAGGGAAAAUACAGCGUAAAGUUACAAGACAAAUAUACGAAAUGAUAUUAUCAGAGGAGCAAGUAAAGUGUCGCGUGUAGACACGGCAAACAACGCUAUCGUACCAGAAAUCCGUCACGAGAAGUUUUCUGUCGAGUGGAAGUUAAGCAUUUAUCCUUAUCCGGCACCGGAAGAUACGUCAUUUUGCACGCGCGAUGUUUUUAUUUUAAUUUUGGAGCGUAUCAUCGACGUUUGAAAGAAUUAAUAAAUCUUUUUGCCGCCUAAUUUUUAACGUUUUGAAGAUGACUAUCAUGAAUCAUAGUGUGCAAUAAAGAGACGAUGACAUUUACGUCUCCAACGUAACAUCGAGCGUACGGAAGAUGUAAAGAUGUUGAAGUGGAUAAAGGUUCGUCAGAAUGCGUCGACGACGACGACAUCCACGUCGACCCCGCUGUCACUCAAGCCUCAUCAGAAGAUAAAAAACGAUGAGGCGAGAGUUAAAAUUGAAGAUAAAAUCGAAGAGGAGGGGGAGGAUAGCGGUAUGGAGAAAGAAGACUCGGUUUGCAACGUUGAGCUGACCAAUUUGAAAAAAGACCUGUUCUCGCAGCUGCAGUUUUCGCAAGAGAGUGCUCUGCCUCCCGAUACGUUGCGCCGUGCGUUGGCCGAGAGCUUUCUCGAUCAGCAGAGGUUUCAACUCGGUUUUAUGGACGACGCGGCGGAAUGUUUCGAAAACAUUCUCUUACGUAUACACCUUCACAUUGCAAGCGGCGAGGCUGAAGACAUGUGCAGCGCGAGGCAUUGUGUACCGCAUCAGAAAUUCGCCAUGACGCUCGUCGAGCAAAGCGUCUGCGGAGUUUGCGGUGCUACGUCGGAGCCACUGCCUUUUACACAGAUGGUUCAUUAUGUGUCUGCGUCAGCGUUAACGUCUCAAGCUCAUCAAACGCCACUAAAUUCUAGAAAUAAUCCGGAUCUGUUCGGGCAACUUCUUCGAAGAGCUGGCGGCAUGGGGGACAUCCGUGAUUGUCCGAGUUCUUGCGGUGCGAAAAUUCAAAUCUGUCGGACCUUGAUGAAUCGACCGGAAAUAGUUUCCGUCGGCGUCGUCUGGGACAGCGAACGACCGUCGUUGGAGCAUAUCAUGGACGUUUUUGCGACCGUGGGCACGUCCCUUCGACUAAGUGACGUCUUCCAUAGCGUGGUAGACUCACGAUGGGGCGCUUCUACCGUGCAUAAUCUCGUAGGAGUUGUUACCUAUUACGGGAAACAUUAUUCUACGUUCUUCUUCCAUACGAAAUUGAAGGUGUGGAUCUAUUUCGACGAUGCCACCGUCAAGGAAAUUGGGCCCCGGUGGGAGCAAGUCGUGGAAAAGUGUAGGAGAGGUCGUUAUCAGCCUUUGCUACUCCUGUACGCGACGCCCGCCGGUACUCCGGUUAAUACCGAGAACGCCCCAAAGACUAUUAUCCCUUUUCCGAAUAAUAAUGGCCUAAAGACAUCCCCAAAGAAUAGCGUUCGCCGUUCCAUUACUCCUAGUCCUGAGAAGCCAUCCAUCAAUAGCACUGCCAGACGUGCCAUCACACCUAAUCCUGACAGUCCGCCACACCUCUACACUCAACGAACCGUUUACAGUGAUUACCAGAAUCUCACAGACAUCCAGAAUAAUAUAUUCGGCAAUCAGGGCGUAGACGCGGUUGAUGGUGAAAUAGAAUCGAAGUACAUUAGCCGUCGCGCCGUGGAAAAUGUAAUGCAGCAACAGAAGAAGCAGCAGAUGCAAUUGACGCGUAGCUUAAGCGUGGGAUCGGCGCCGCAAGACGGUAUCAGCAUCCCUGACCAUAUGAACGUGCCUCGAAGACGAGAUUCCGGUAAUUGGUCCGGCGAUCGAAACAGCGCGUCGUCGAGUUCGUCAACCACGAUGGACAACACGUAUCUGUAUAUUGUUAAUAAAAUGCAGAGGACCUCGGGCGUACCUAAAAGCCCCAUCAGCAAAUCUGGGGAGCUCUCGAGCAGCAGCAGCGGUCAUUACGACGCUGGUUACGACUCGUAUUCUUUGUCUUCCACUGACAGUCUUCCACUUCAGCAGGGUUUAAAGCACAACUUACAGCUUGCUCAAAUACCGGAAGGUUACCAACCUUCUUCCGGCGACGAUUGCGAACGAUUAUGUAAAGAAACGGACGCGUUGCUGGAUAAAUCUCGUGCCGCCGAAGAUGCUGGCGAUCUUAACACAGCCGUCGCAUUGUGUAGUGCGGCCAGCAACAAAGCCAGAGCUGCGAUGGAUGCUCCGUAUAAUAAUCCUCACACAAUCACGAUAGCAAGAAUGAAACACAAUACUUGCGUCAUGAGAACGAGGAGUUUACAUAGGAGAAUGCUGCAGGAACAAGUUACUGUUAACGGUGACAAAGAGGAUGGGGCACCUGAAGGAAGACACUCGCGAGAGAAUAGUAAAUCGAGCCAACAUUCAAGGCAAAGUUCGCGAGAUAAAGGCAAUCACUCUCGACAAAAUAGUCGGGAACUUCUCGUGAACGCACCAACAACGGUGGUAGAUAAACCUACCACGAAGAGUAUCGAGAUUUACGCUACUUUGCCGAAGAAGAAGACUCUACGUAGUAAAGCGACAGCGGUGAACGUAAUCGAGGACGAGGAAUACAUGCUGUAUGAUCGCCCAACGCAAAGAACCGGCUUGUUUAGCCGCACGAAACGUUGCGAGGACGAUAAGAAAGAUAAGAAACGCGCGAGGAGCGAAGAGAGGAACAAGAAUGUGUCAAAGGAUUUUUCGAUAGCACCAUCUAGGUUGUCACCGUCUCCAAAAGGGGUAAAGAUCGAAAAGCCAAAAGAAACCGAGAUUAACGCAACUGUCGUCAGAAAUACACAGCUCAACAAUACGGUCGAGCAGAAGCAGGGCAAGAAGCAGCAUAAGAUUCGCAGAAAGUUACUCAUGGGCGGAUUGAUCAAGAGGAAGAAUAGAAGUAUGCCAGAUUUGCGAGAAGGGCAGGAUGGCCAGGCAAAUGUGAAUACGGAAAGAUCAUCCGCCUUACCAAAACAGUCAGUAGACGAUUCCAGCGUUGGUCUAAAAGGCAAUGAUGUAAGUCAAACACUGAGUGGUUACUUAUCGGAGGGACACCUGGAGUUUGCCGGCAACAAUGGAUCUGGAAAUACUAGCAAUCCAAAUCUCGAAAGAAGCCGUUUGAUGAGAAAGAGCUUCCACGGUAGCGCCGGCAAAGUGUUACACGUGGCAAAAGUGCCUCCGCCCCCUCCGCUCAGGACCACUUCUCAGCUUAGCAAGUCUAAGUGUUCGGGCGAAGUGCACAAUGAGCAGCAAUCCGACAAAGCUGCAUAUCCUUUGCCGGAUAAUCGGUGCGUGCCGAAUUCGUCGCAGGAACAAAACAACGUUUAUUGGAAUCACAUGAACACGAGCAACUCGACUAACGUGACGAACAGGAACUCAGAUUAUGCUGAUUACUCCUCGGAAUCGCAUUCGCUUCCUUUUCUACCGUCUUACAAUGAACAGAAUACCAAUAUUUCUGGAGCAUGUCAAAUAAAUUACAACAACAAGCCUAGGAUUCAAGAUGACGUCAUACAAUACGCUAACGGUAUACUCUACGAGCCGACCUUCGUUGUCACUCGCGCAGACGUGCACAAUGAGCAGAGUCCGCCUAAACAACAAUUUCAGCCGGAUUCCUUACCACCUUAUCCCGAAAAUGGCAAUAUUUCGCAUUCGCGGCAACCGAGCGAGGAGUUUCCACCACCGCCGUAUCCAUCAAUUCAUUCGGUGUCGCAUUCAAGACAAACCAGUGAGGAUUUCCCACCGCCGCCGCCACCGAUCGAUGAGCCGACUCCUCUUCAAGAAGCUCAACAACAUCAAGCUUCCGUUAAAUCGCAACAGCAACGUCCACAGCAAUUCGAAGCGCAGCAAAUUGGCACCCUGUUGGCGCAGUUGCAAAACAAAAGGGAGCAGAUCUUAACUGACGAUUCGAAUAAAGAGAAACGAGCGCAAGAGCACGAGGACGAGGAGAAAUCCUCGAGCGAAACGUGGUUGAGAGAGCUACAAGCUAAACAGGCCGAGAGGAAAAUGAAGAGGCAAGCACCUUUAAAUCAAGACAUUCCAAAAGUUAGAACUCCGUCGAUGCCGACGAUUCCAGGACCGACUGUCGCCAGAAGAACCAGUGAUUUAAUGAUGAAUAAUCUUGGACAGAAUUACGAUCAAGGUCGCGACGUCACGGACUGCCCGAGAGUCGCUUCUUCGGUAAAAGACAUGGCUGCUAGAUUUGAACAGAUCAAGCUGCAACCAGCCUCGAAGUCGGACACAGACGUGAAACCUCAAACAAAGCAAAAUGUGAAUUGCGUUUCGCCGAUGUUAAUAUCAGGAAACGAUAUGCCUCAGGAAACGUCAUCGAUGGAGAACGCGAAGUCGGCAAAAUUACCUUCCGAGAAUACCGUAGUUUUUACGAAGACAGAAACUUUGAAUUCUCAGACCGUUUCGAACUCCAGUUUCGAUUCGAGUUCCAGCCAGAACAGCUUUAUCGCGAUGGUGCCAUCAAGCGAAUCCGUUCAACAAAGCGAAUUAAAUGCCGUGAUGUUAUCUAUGUCCUUGACGCUCCCGCACGAGAAUGGUUUGCCUGUUGAUUAUCCGGAAGAUGACAUCAGCGAGGUGGCGAUGCAGAACACUAUACAAAACACAACAAUACUGCCGAACGAGGAGGACAUUGCUCCGCGAAAGGUGAAACGGCGGAUUGGAAAGAAGAAAAGCGUAUCAUUCUGUGACCAAGUGGUGCUCGUUGCAACAGCGGAGGACGACGAAAAGGAUUCGUAUAUACCCAAUCCUAUUUUGGAGAGAGUCCUGCGUUCCGCGAUGAACAAGCCUGAAACUGCUCAAGUACUGCGAGAAAUCAGAAGUCUUCAGGAGGCAGAGACGAUUCGCGAGAAUACCGCCGCGAAAUUCCAACAACAGACCCUUCCUUUAAAGAGCGAAGCUGAUAGCGUGCCGGCGACACCUUUCCAGGACCAACUAAGGAGCGUUAAUCUAAUUCCAGACACCAUUAAGCCCACAUUUGGACGGCAAAAUUCAGGCGAUUUGAUUGGAUCGUUAACGGAUAAGAAGUCUUGCGGGUCUUGUGGGAACGAAGGGAAAGACGUGGUCGAUCGUCCUAUGAGAGAGACCUAUGCUGGUAUUCCCGUGAACACUUCGAAACCGACGUCCUAUUCACUGCAGCUGCAACAGCAGAUUAGAUACACUCAAAAUGGAUACACUCAAUACGUGCAGUCGGUGUACCCGCAGACGCAAUCGUCCCAUCCAAGAAAUCAAAUAAUUCCUUUGUCGCAAACCCAGAAGCCAGCUAGUCCUUACCCGACGCAAAUGAACGGGCAAUACAUUCAAAAUGGAAUGCAGCAAAUGAAAAUACUGCCUCAGAAAAACGGCUACGGACCGUAUUAUCAGCAACAAUUGCACAACCAGUUGGAGCAGCAGCACAAUCAAAUGAACAAGCAGGCGACCGUUCAGCCGCAGCAGAAUACUCUGAAUCAAAGAAUUCCGUCUCACAAUGCCAGCCCGAUAACUGUCCAGCAUUCGCAGCAGCAAUUUUAUCCGCCUAAUCAGUCGCCGAAUCCAUAUCAAAGUCAAUACUCUCAAAGUUCCUAUCAGGGUCAUCCCUAUCAAACUGUUCUUCCGCAAAGCAGAGCGGGCCAACCAUUGCCGCAGUAUCAGCCACCGUCUAAUUCACUAGCCUAUCAACAGCAGCAACAGCAGCAGCAACAAAACGCGCAGAACUAUCAGCAGAGACAUGACAACUACCAGCGACAAUUAUCAUCUCAGAAGGUAGAGCAACAAGGUCCCAUGGUGUCCAAUCAAAUGUAUCCCAAGACUCUGCAGAACGGCCAGAUACAGCCGAAUGUGAAAUAUCCGGCCUAUCAACAUCCUCCGCUUUCCAAACAGAUGCACUUUGCGAUGUCCACUGCGAAGGUCGUUCCGAUGGUGGUGCAGCCACCUCUGCAAACGCCAACAGGCAUCGCGACUACCGUGAGAGCACACGUUACACCCUGCAAUCUCUGUCGGAAGAGAAAUGUACUUGAGCCAACGCUGUAUUGCACGGAUUGCGAUUUUUACAUGUCGCGUUUCCGACCAACUAACAAAACCACUUGA